AUGGUGAAAUCAGACGUGCGCAAGGAUUACUAUGCGGACCUUGGGCUUCAGCCCAGCGCGGAGGCUGAGGACAUCAAGAAGCAAUUCAGGAAAUUAGCACUCAAGUACCACCCAGACAGGAACCCAGGACGAGAAGUCGAGUUCAACGCCAAAUUUCAGGCCAUCCAGGCCGCCAAUGAGAUCCUCAGUGACCCCUCACAACGACUGAAAUAUGACACUGAUCGCUUACGCGCCGGCUAUGGCAAGUGCUACGGACCGCCCAAGGCAAAUACCCAGCGCAAAACACAACCCCCAACCUAUCCUCCUCGCCCUGCGCCAACCUCGGCCUCCGCAAAUUCACAGUACGCAAAGGCGACCCCGAAUACGCCGUCGGCUGGCGCUCGACGAUACGCAUCUCAUGCGCGUGCCGGCCCGCAACAAUUCAAACAACAGGACAAUGCGCAAACAAGGGCUGAUGCAUUCCGUGGCUUUAAUAAUAUGAGAGCAGGUCAGGCACCUGGAUGGCAGGGCUUCGAUCCUUCAACUGGUCGUGCCACUGGUGGUAUCCCAGGUCCUGGAGCACAGCGUCAUCCCUUUGGAACUUCUGCGCAGUCUACCCGGCCCAAGUCUGCCUUUGAGGCCCACAACUCCCAUUCCACCGCACAGUCUUUCAAGAAGAAGCAGGGCUUUGCGCCAGGCGUAGCUGGAGGAGACGAACCGAUGGCCCGCAACACCUCUGCCUAUAGCAAUAACAGUCGGGCUGAACGGAUGAGCAGCCAAUACUUCAAGCCUGCUGUGGCCCCAACCGCGAAGAAACCAGCAUCACCUGAACCGCCUCAACCCAAAUCUCGCCAUUCAUACACCCCGGAGUUCGAACGAUCCAGUAGAAGCUACGCACAGGCAGGCAAGGGUGAGAGGACUUUCUUUUCAAGCACUGGAUUAGGACGUUCCGCAACCAUGCGUACCCCCUCAGGUUCUUCCCAUAAAAACACGCAUACAGGUAAAACCAGCCCUGCCUCUGGCCGAUCUGGGAGAUACCGUAGCGCCAGCCCCUCGCCCAGGCGGAAUACCAAUAACUAUGACUCCACCAGCUCGAGCGAAGGGGAAGAGACUAGGCCCAAACCGAAGGCUGUGCCAAAGAGUCGACUUGGGCCGCAUCAAAAGUUUGCCGACUUCUACAACCCAGGAACAGCAAGCCCCGGAAAUGGUAUGGACUUCACUUCCUUCCUCCUCGCAAAUGGGCUUCGAGCCGUCGAGCUACCAGACGGUAGCUACGAACUCCAUUCGAUCUCUCGGGAUUCCCCCCUUAAUCAACGUACCCCUGCUGACAUGGACGGUCCCAAAGGACACACCUCGGAUAGCGCUGCUUUCCCAAAAAGCUCGUAUCGAUCGGACCAGCAACCUAACCCAUCGGGUUCUUCCUCUUCUGUCAAGUAUGUUCGAUACACCUACUAUCAAGCUGUUUCGCCUCAUCUGACAGACACUGGUAUUAGCACUGACCCGGCAAACAAUGCGCAAAGGCCCCAGUCUGCCGCGUAUGGACGUAGCAGCACAAGUGACUUGCACAAGAAGUUUUCUGCGGAUGAUUGGCGGGAUCAUUUGGGCCAGUUCGAUUUCUUGAGCUCUGCCUCGCCAAGCAAGGAGUCACUUCCAAGAUCGCCUGCCUCGCAGAAUCGGGGGCGUACAAACAUGCGAAACGGACCGACACAGGCAUCAUCGACUGGAUCGCCGAUUCCAAAUCCUUUCGGCCCUACUCCUUUGUAUCAAGCUUCGCAGUCACCACAGCAACAGCAACCACCAACGCCAUUUGCACAGGCAAAGUUUUCUGCAGAUUCGUGGUCUGCGCAGCUUCGAAAUCUCUCGUGGAAUGUACCAGAGGCCGAGAAAGCGAAACAAACUGCAAAUGCUGCGCCGCCUCGUAGUCCAAAGAAACAGCCCAGAGCAGGCACCAAAUUGCGCAGCGCUCCGCAGCCGGCAAGUGUUGCUACUGAAGCAGAUGAAGCUAAAGAAACUCUCAAUGGCCAGACUCCUCUUGGGCCAACCGGGACAGCAACACCAGAUGUUGAGGAGAUGGACCUCGACGAAGACCUUCCUACUCCGGCUGUUCCGCCGAAGGCCCCAGUUGGAAGACCAAGCAGUGGCAGCUAUCCCGAUUUGGCUUCUCAGGCUGUACCAGAUGCACCUCCGGUCAAGAAGCCCAAGCCUCCUUCGGGCACAGAAGCCCGCACCCCUCUAUUUAACCUCGAUAAUCUCCGCAAUACCGUACCAUUCUCCAAUACGACCGGCGGAGGCAUCGAGAACCUGGAAGACUUCCACACUACUCUUCCCUUCGAAUCCCAAGCCAAGCAGCAAAGGACUACAAGAGACGACAUCCGCCCCCGCGUACUCCAACUACCAAACCCACCCAAACGACCAUCGGCUCCGAAACUAGUCCUCUUGCCCCCAACCUCUAAGCAUUACGUCCUCCCCCGGGACAAAUGGAACUGGUAUGUCUCAGCAAUGGGCGCGUAUAUGCACGAAUGGAACGCGUUCAAUGGCCGCAUGCUCACGCAUUUCAAUGCGCGCCAAGAAGCGAACGAAACCGGCCUCGCGCCGGGCUGGAUCAGUGCUGUUGGAGACUCUACCCGUCUCAAAAUAAACGGCGCAGACGACGACAGCAACGACGGCACGACAAAGACCCGUACGGAUCUUGAUGAUUAUCAUGUUGAUGAAUUCCUCAUCCCUGGUACCAGUAAGGGCGGCUUUAGUGCUUAUCUCCGUGGUAUCGAGGAGGAUAUCCAGGUGCGUAAGCAUUGGGAAGUUGCCUGUGAGCUGCAUCGGGACUGUAUCCUUGAGCUUGGACGAUUGAGAGAGUGGAUUCGUGAUGGCGGGAAGGUGGCUUGA